ACUCAAACGAGCGGAUUCAGCUUACAACCGGACGUGUUUUUCAUUCAUGGACGAUAUAAAGUUUGUGUUUUACAGAUAAACCUCAACACCUCGAUUGAUGAUAAACACGGAACCUGACUGUGAUCAUUCAUAUAACUGAACAGCAUCAUUUUCAUCAGCAACGAAACCAUUCCGAAUCGAGAAACAUGACGAUCAGCAGCAUGGACUCCAGCACAGCUCCAGCACAGAGCAAAGCUAAAGCUCAUAAGAGAGGCAGUUUACAGAGCUGGACCAGUCCUGAUCUGUAUGGUUCUUCAGAUCAGAGGCCGUUGAUGUCUCAGCGUUCACUGCCCGGUACACCUGUCACUCAUAAACAUCUGCCUGUGGAUCUGCGCACAUCUAUGGAUGGAAAAUACAAAGAGAUCGCUGAGGAGCUGUUAGUGAGGAGUAUGACAGACAGUGAUAUGCGCUGUGCUCCGUACGAGUUUCCUGAAGAGAGUCCAAUCGAACAGCUGGAGGAGAGACGACACCGUCUGGAGAGACAGAUCAGUCAGGACGUCAAGCUUGAGCCCGAGAUUCUGCUGAGAGCGAAACAAGACUUCAUGAAAGUAGACAGCACUGCAGACCUGGAGCUUCUGAAGGACGGUCAUGAAGAUGCUGUGGAUUAUCAUCACUUGGAGAGAGAGACGGUUAUAGAGAGAGAAUUUCAGCGUGUGUCCAUCUCAGGAGAGGAGAAGUGCGGAGUGCCGUUUACUGAUCUAGUAGACGCUGCUAAGUGUGUGGUGAAGGCUUUAUUUAUCCGUGAGAAGUACAUGAAUGUAUCACUGCAGAGUUUCUGUAAGACCACCGCUCGAUCCCUUCAGGAGCUCAAUGACAGACCGCCAGACGUCAACUUCAGUCAGGACGCUCACGAGAGCCCGGUCGACUCAGAUGCUCCCGUUCACCCACCGGUGUCAAAAACUCACCCCUAUGAAGGGCAGGACAUGAAGAACCUGCCGUCUGAUGUGGGUUACAGCUGUAAGAUGGUGGAGGGAGUCGUUCAUGUCUACACAAAACAAAACCCAAUGGACAAGAGCACAGAAUUAGAUCUCCCAUAUCCAGAUCUGCAGGAAUUCAUCACCGAUAUGAACGUCAUGAUGUCUUUGAUCAUCAACGGCCCUGUAAAGUCGUUCUGUUAUCGGCGGCUGCAGUACUUGAGCUCAAAGUUUCAGAUGCACGUUCUUCUGAAUGAGAUGAAGGAGCUGGCGGCGCAGAAGCAAGUGCCACAUCGAGAUUUCUACAACAUACGAAAAGUGGACACGCACAUUCACGCGUCAUCCUGCAUGAAUCAGAAACAUCUGUUGAGGUUCAUCAAGCGUGCGAUGAAGAAAUACCCCGAUGAGAUCGUGCACAUGGAGGGCGGUCGCGGUCAGACGCUGAUGGACGUGUUCGAGAACAUGAAUCUGAAGGCGUACGACCUCAGCGUCGACACGCUCGACAUGCACGCGGACAGAAACACUUUCCAUCGCUUCGACAAAUUCAACUCCAAAUACAACCCCAUUGGAGAGUCCAUCCUCAGGGAGAUCUUCAUCAAAACUGACAAUCACAUCAACGGCAAAUACUUCGCCCACAUCGUCAAGGAAGUGAUGUCAGACCUCGAGGAGAGUAAAUUUCAGAACGCCGAGCUGCGUCUCUCCGUAUACGGUCGAUCUAUGGAUGAAUGGGAUAAACUUGCGGAGUGGGCCGUUUCACACUCUGUGUAUUCUGACAACGUCCGCUGGCUCGUUCAGAUCCCACGACUCUUUGAUGUUUACCGCACAAAGAAACAACUGAUAAACUUCCAGCAGAUGUUGGAGAAUAUAUUCAUGCCUCUGUUUGAGGUGACCAUCAACCCCAAUAGUCACCCAGACCUCCACCUGUUCCUACAACACGUGGUGGGUUUUGACAGUGUCGAUGAUGAGUCUAAGCCGGAGCAUCACAUCUUUAAUCUGGACAGUCCAUCACCUGACCGCUGGUGUGAAGAUAAUAAUCCACCGUAUUCAUAUUAUCUGUACUACAUGUACGCCAACAUCACCGUCCUGAACCACCUGCGCAGGAGGCGGGGCUUCCAGACCUUCAUGCUGCGACCUCACUGCGGGGAGGCGGGGCCUAUUCAUCACCUGGUGUCUGGAUUCAUGCUGUCAGAAAACAUAUCACACGGACUGCUGCUCAGAAAGGCUCCAGUCCUGCAGUAUUUGUUUUAUUUGGCUCAGGUUGGCAUCGCCAUGUCUCCUCUGAGUAACAACAGUCUGUUUUUGAGUUAUCAUCGUAAUCCUCUGCCCGAGUAUCUGUCCCGCGGGCUCAUGGUGUCGCUCUCCACCGAUGACCCUCUGCAGUUUCACUUUACUAAGGAGCCUCUGAUGGAGGAAUACAGCAUCGCUGCCCAGGUCUGGAAACUGAGUUCAUGUGACAUGUGUGAGCUCGCCCGAAACAGUGUGUUAAUGAGUGGAUUCUCACACAGGGCUAAGAGUUAUUGGUUAGGUCCUGGUUAUGAUGAAGAAGGACCGUUCAGCAAUGACAUCCGUCGCACAAACGUUCCUGACAUCCGUGUGGCGUACAGACACGAAACUCUGUGUGAAGAGCUUCAUCUUAUCACGCAAGCCGUCCAGACGCAAGAGCUCGACAACAUCGAAGAGGAGACGCCGUCUUUUAAUCUAAGCCAAUCAGCACGUUAGACGAAGCACUCGUAAUCCCGUCCAGGACCACGUCAACAUUCCAACAUUUCAUCUCUGUCUGAUAUAGUGCAUGUUUAGAGAUAUUUAAGCUAUGCAUAGAGAUAUAAAUAUAUAUUUAUGUGUUUCACAUUAUACCUCAUUUAUAUGUUAGAGUUUACUCGUGUGCUUAAAGGCACCUUGAGCUUUACUACCAAUAGAGUUCACGCACGCACGCACACACAACUGAACUGAAGAACCCAUACCGCAACAGAACCAUGAUCACAUAAGUCACAUACAGUAUGUGUUCAUUGAUUUGUUUUGGCAGGACUGUUCAGAUGAGUGUUUGCUCUGUAAUGACUCAGUCUGGUCUACAGGUGGCACUAUAGAGCCCAGACUCCAUUGAGCCUUUAUGAAGAAUAUUUUUAUAAUCAGACUUAGUUUACUGAUCUUAAAGCAGGAGUCGUCUGCUGUCGGGGCAGUAGAUGAAGAGUAUUGUGUCUUUAUGUUAAUUUUAUUCAUGCAUAAGUUUAUUAUGUUUGAGAUUUGUUUUAAAAAAUUGUUUUUUUUUUAAUUCACGUAGUGUCUGUAGGAUCUCACACACACACACGCAUGUGUUUUAAUGUCUAUCAUUCAAUUGACUGUUAAGAUCUCCAAACUAUUACUGUUUGCUCAAUGAUUCCCGAUAAUACUUUAUCGAUGUUAGAUCAUUAUUGAGUAAAAACAGCAUGAUUUAUUCAAGUUAAAUGCAGAGCAAAGCAUGACAUACAACAUGAUGAGACAUGUUUAAAACAAUGACAUACAGAGCAAAAGAUCUGAAAAUAAACACAAUUCUCUGUGAAUGAUAUCUUUAAUAAAGUCUGUGUGUGUAUUCAACAUCA